UUUCCGUAGUGUAGCUAGACGCAUUUACCACGCCGUUUGAAAAACAUUUAGCUGGAACUAAGUCAAGAUGAGUCUGAGAAAGCAGACGCCGAGUGACUUUCUGAAGCAGAUAAUUGGAAGACCUGUGGUGGUCAAACUGAACUCUGGUGUUGAUUAUAGAGGUGUUUUGGCCUGCCUGGACGGUUACAUGAACAUUGCCAUAGAGCAGACGGAGGAGUAUGUCAAUGGACAGCUCAAGAACAAGUACGGGGAUGCUUUUUUGAGAGGAAACAAUGUUCUGUACAUCAGCACCCAGAAGAGGAAGGGGUAG